UGGGCGCCGGGACUCGGGGCGGGAGGACGUCCUUUGUUCGCGCGCGCGCACGCACGCCGGUGCACACGCAGUACACGUUCUUUUCGCUGGAAUUGGGCGAGCGCCUACACGUGCCGUCCCCUUCGAAGCGGAAGUUAAUGGCGUUACGCCACUUCCUGUUAGGGCGGGAAAAGUUGAUUUAUCAUGGUCUCUCUGGCAACCAGACUAAUUCCAAUCUGAUUGUUUGCAAAAACAAAAUUCACCUUCAAAGGAUGAAGAUUUGUUGACAUUGAAGAUAUUCAAAGGAGUGUGCCAGAAGAUUCUGAAGCCCAAUGCAUCAGUGGAGUAAGGGGAAAAGAUGAGUAAAGGGAUAUAAAUAAUUUAAUUUGUAACUCUACUCCUCAAAUUACUAAAUUGUAUAUAUUCUUUAACCACAUAACAACACUGCUAGGCAUAUAUUCCAAAGAAAUAAAGGUCAAAGAUGGAAGGAAAGAAAACAAAUAUACAAAAGUAUUAUGGCAGUAUUUUUUGUUGUAACAAAGAACUCCAAAGUGAAUGCCCAUUGAUGAAUGGCUAAAUAAAUUUUAUUAUGUAAAUGUAAUGAAAUAUUAUUACAUCUUAAGAAAUGAUGGAAAAAGAGAAAUUCAGAGAAACUUGGGAAGAUUUCUUGGAACUGAUACCAACUGAAGUGAACAGAACCAAGAAAAAGUUAUGCAAUGAUUAACAGAGGUGUAAAGGAAAACAACUUUGAAAGACUUAAUUAAUUGGACAAUGCAACAACUAAACACGAUUUCAGAAGAUUGACAAUAAAGCUUGCUUCUCACCUCUUGUGAGAAAGGUGGUGGAUCCAGAGAUGCAAUAUUAGGAGGAUUGUACUGAAGGGGAAGCUGAUGGAUUAUAUCACCUCCAUUGCCAUUAUCCCCCUGCUGGUUGGCUGCAUGGGAAUCUUCGGUCUCUUCAGGUUUCUACAAUGGAUACGAAUGAAGGCCUAUAUCCAGGAUUCUGUAGUCGUGAUUACAGGUGCAACCUCUGGACUGGGAAAAGAAUGUGCUAAAGUUUUUUAUACCGCUGGUGCUAAGUUAAUUCUUUGUGGACGAAACAAUGAGAGGCUAGAAGAGCUCAUCAGAGAACUCAUUGCUACUAACAUAAAAAAGACACACAGGCCUCAUGCCGUAGUCUUUGACCUUGCUGAAUCUAAAACUAUAGUCCCUGCAGCGAAUGAAAUUCUCAAGUACAGUGGCCAUGUGGACAUAUUAAUCAAUAAUGCAGGAGUCAGCUAUCGGGGCACAAUAAUGGACACUGCACUGGAGGUGGACAAAAAAGUGAUGGAAACAAACUACUUUGGUCCAGUUGCCUUAACCAAAGCAAUUCUACCAUCCAUGAUAGAGAAGAAACAAGGUCACAUUGUUGUGAUUAGCAGCAUUCAAGGCAAAAUCAGUGUUCCUUUCAGAUCAGCAUAUGCAGCUUCCAAGCAUGCAACCCAAGCCUUCUUUGAUUGCCUGAGAGCAGAGGUGGAGCAGCAUGAUAUUGAAGUGACUGUAAUCUCUCCUGGCUAUAUCCAAACCAAUCUCUCUCUCAAUGCCCUGACUGCAGAUGGAUCCACAUACGGAGUUAUGGACAAAAACACGGCCAAUGGCAGAAGUCCUACAGAGGUUGCUUAUGCUGUCCUCACAGCAGUGGGGAAGAAGAAGAAGGAAGUGAUGGUGGCAGACCUGUUGCCUUGUUUGGCCGUCUCCCUGAGAACUCUGUUUCCUCGGCUCUUCUUCUACAUCAUGGCCAUGAGAGCCAGAAAGGAAAGGAAAGGAAAGACCUCUUAGUCUUACUUCAGAGAGGCUUCAUCCAAGACCAAGCACAUGCUGCCAUAUCUUGGUUGGUUGUGGUAUACGCAGCAAUUGAACCAAUGGAAACAUUAAUUAAAAGGUCUAAUCAGUGGGGAAGGUGGUGGAGCUGUUUGCAACAGGUCACUGGGCAGCCUCUUGUGGCAGGAAAAAGGAACUGAGCUCAAAAGGGAAAGGAAUGAAACUUCUAUAUUCUGGAAACUAACUGUGAAUCAAAUGAAUGGUACCAGCAGUCUGAUGGGCACAAUGUGUACCUGCUGGAGAAACUAAGCUGCCAGUUCUGCUCUCUCCUAUCAGCCAGUACAGUCCUUUGGGCCAGAAGAAAUAGCAAGAUAUCUAUCUCUUGUGGUGGUUUGACAAGCCUUGGCCUAUUUAGCCUAUUAAUCUUCAGCACACAACUCAUCCCUAGCCCUUCCUUUCUUCUGUCCAUUUUAUAGAAUUGCUCAACCGUUUGGUUUUUUUUAUCCUGACCUGUGAAUUCAGGUGUAUUGGGAACUUUAGGUGUGGAGAUUCCUUCCACUUGUCAGGCAUUUUUCUUAGGCAGUUUUCUUGGGCACUGAGAAGCUUAAGUAACUGUUAGUAUAUUUCAGAAGUAGGACUUGAACUCACGUCUUCUGACUCCAAGGUCAGCCAAGGUCCACAACAUCAUGUUGCCUAUCGUUCAGUAACUGAACAAUCAUCUUGGCAUUUAACCUCAAUGUUGUAAUGACGCUGGACUUAGGAGCUUCGACAUAUCCCAGAUUUUAGUGAAAUUAGAAUUUAGAGAAAUGCCAGAUUGACCCCUAUCCAAUGCAAUCCAAUAUAAAUGUAAGGUGGCAAUUAAAGCCCAGCGAUAGGAAUUGAGCACUAGCUACUGGUGGCAGUUUAUGGCCCAGCUAUAAUCCAAAAGCUGGAAUUCCGAAAUCUCCUUAGGCAGAGGGAGUGACUGAAAGCGAGCAGCAUGUAGCCCGUCGGAGGAUGCACUGAGUAAUUUGUUAGCUCUCUGACUCCUGUGUUCUGAACCAAAACACCUUCCUUAUUUAAUAUAACUGGGUUGCGAUCUAGUGAGCAGAUCAAAUUCUGUUCUGAGGCUUAAGAAACCAUUUCUAUUAACUGAGUAAUGCCUUUAAUGGGUCCAAUGGAGAUUUCCCCCAUCUAGAUACACAGGCCACAGGUCCGACCAGCACAGUACAUGCCUGCGUGCCCCUUGGGGGGAGGGGUUAAUCUGUAGUUACAAUUCCUGGGAAGGAGAAUUGGGGGGUGUUUUUUCUGGUUUCUGACCUUCCCCAAACCAGGUUGUCCUGGACAUUCCGGGGAUUCUCGGUUGUGCUGUGGAAGAUGCAGGAGGUGGUUCUUUUCCUACCCAGAGCACUUGCAGACACUUGAACUUGCUGUUGCUAGGCCCUUAUCAGGAUAGAGACUUUUUCCAGCUUUCUCAGCAGGAGGUGAGACUGUAGCUAGUAAUUGAUCAAUAAGCCCGAGACCUGGAGGCUGCUUAGAUUUCGGAUUCCAAUUUCAUUCCUCUCAGUAGGGGUGAAUAUGACCAUGUUGUUCCAUUGUAUCCUUCCCUUCAGUGAAUAUCCCCCAAGUACAGCUGUACCUUGAACUUGUGUAUCUACAAUAUUAAAUAAGAACAUUUACAA